AUGGCAAGGAGAUCGUCUGCGGAUCCUCUAACACGUUCUUUUUUUCUGUCCUCAGGUUCUGACAUUCGAGGCUUUACCCCGUUCAGGUUCUCCGUUGAACCCGUCGACACGCUGGCCGUUCGCGGGCUCCCUGCUGUCCUGAACUGCUUGGCCGCUAGCGACGCUCCGGUGAGGGUGGAAUGGAAGAAGGAUGGAACGUUCCUGAACCUGGUAGCGGACGACCGGAAGCAGCAGCUAGCCGACGGCUCUUUGCUCAUCAGUGCGGUGGUCCACUCCAAACACAAUAAGCCUGAUGAGGGGGUGUACCAGUGCGUGGCCACCAUCGACAACCUGGGCACCAUCAGCAGCCGAACCGCACGCCUCACAGUGGCAGGACUUCCACGCUUCCUCAGUCAGCCGGAGGGUGUGUCUGUGUGCUCGGGCGGCACUGAGAUGCUGAGCUGUGAGGUGACGGAGGAGCUGGUCCCGUUCACCCGCUGGGAGAGGGACGGUCGGCCCGUGGAGCUCGACGGCAGGGUCAUACAGCUGCCCAGCGGAGCUCUGGUCAUCAGCAACGGCUCCCAGAGCGACGCCGGACUCUACCGCUGCACCAUAGAUGCUCUGGGACCGGCCAAAACCACAGACGAGGCAGAACUACAGGUGUCUGCAGAUUCGGGUGUUGAAGAAAAAUUGGAGACUCUCCAGGGCCCCGUUGCUGUGGCGAAGGUUUUCGGGGAGAGCGUGUUGUUGCCAUGCGUCAUGAAGGGAUACCCCCUGCCAGUGAUUCGCUGGACGUUUAACGACCGGCCGAUUGACGAGAGCCGUGAGCGUUUUGCUGUGAUUGGCGGGGGAAGCCUGCAGAUCAUCAACCUGACCGAAGAGGAUGCUGGGAUAUACGUCUGCCAGGCGAACAGCGGCAACAUGACCAGCGAGAUCCAGGCAGAGCUCACGGUGCACGUUCCUCCUCGGUUCUUGACGAGACCCUCCAACACUUACGCCCAGGAGUCCAUGGACAUCAUCUUUGAGUGUGACGUCACCGGCUCACUGCCGCUCACCGUCAAAUGGAUGAAGGAUGGAGACACGGUCAUUCCCAGUGAUUAUUUCAGGAUGAAGCAGCAUAACUUGCAGGUUUUGGGUUUAGUAAAAUCAGAUGAAGGUUUUUAUCAGUGUUUAGCGGAGAACGACGCCGGGAACGUCCAGGCCAGCGCUCAGCUGAUCAUACUGGAUUUAGACGUUGCCCUUCCUUCACUGACCGAUGCCACUACUGACCAUGUAGCAUCCAGCCCGUCCGAGCGCAACGACCCGACGCCCUCCGCCCCGCGUGAUGUCGUGGCGUCUCUAGUGUCCACUCGAUUCAUCAAGCUGACGUGGCGCCUUCCUGCCGAGCCACACGGGGAGAACAUCACCUACUCUGUGUUCUAUAGUCUGGAAGGCACUAACAGGGAGCGUGUGGAGAACACCAGCGGACCGGGAGAGAUGCUGGUCACCAUCCAGAACCUCGUCCCCGACACCAAGUACACCUUUCGGGUGGUCGCGUCCAACGCUAACGGCCCGGGCGAGAGUUCCACCCCUCUUACAGUGGCCACCCAGCUGGAGGUUCAGGUCCCGGGUCCGGCUCCGAAUCUGCAGGUGGUCUCUGUCAGCACUGCCUCGGUCACACUGAGCUGGGAGAGACCCAUGACUGGAAAUGCCGAGAUCCAGACCUACAGACUCUUCUACAGCGAGAAGGGCCGAGACUCGGAGCAGGACAUGGACGUCACAGGCCUGUCCUACACCAUGACGGGCCUCAAGAGGUUUACAGAGUACAGUUUCAGGGUUGUGGCGUACAACAAACACGGCCCCGGCAUCUCCACUGAAGAUGUUGUGGUCCGAACGCUGUCUGACGUGCCGAGCGCUCCUCCGCAGAACCUCACUCUGGAGGUCCUGAACUCAACGAGCAUCAUGGUCCGGUGGCAGACGCCUCCCGCUGGUACCCUGAACGGAGAGCUGACGGGGUAUAAGCUACGCUACCGGAAAGGACUCAGGAGAGCAGACGCAAUGGAGAUCUCAACCACACAGCUCUUUCAGCUCAUUGAGGGUCUGGAGAAAGGAAAGAUGUACACCGUGAGAGUGUCAGCCUCCACCGUGAACGGAUCCGGACCGACGACGGAGUGGAUCGCAGCCGAAACCUUCGAGAACGACCUGGACGAGUCUCAGGUUCCAGGAGUCCCGAGUUCUCUUCAUGUUCGUCCACUGGUGAACCGAAUCGUGGUGAGUUGGACUCCUCCAGAAAACCAGGACGUUUUAGUCCGAGGUUAUAAAAUCGGAUACGGAAUCGGCAGCCCUCAUGCCCACACGGUCACUCUGGAUUACAAGCAGCGCUUCUACAGCAUCGAUAACCUCGAUCCCAGUUCCCAUUACGUCAUCACCCUCAAGGCUUUCAACAACAUGGGCGAAGGCAUUCCCAUCUACAACAGCGCCACGACGAGACCUCAAUCCGACCCCAUAGAUGCUGAUAUUGAUUUUUAUGAGCUCUUUAAUAACCCAUACACCCCAGCACCCGACCCCACACCCAUGCUGCCCCCGGUGGGCGUUCAGGCCACCGUCCUCAGCCACGACACUGUCAAAGUCAGCUGGGCCGACAACUCGCUCGCCAAGAACCAGAAGAUCACCGACUCCAGAUAUUACACCAUCCGCUGGAAGACCAACAUCCCCGCCAACACCAAAUAUAAGACGGCAAACACCACGACCCUGUUUCAUACGGUAACGGCUCUGAAACCCAACACGCUUUAUGAGUUCUCCGUUAUGGUGACCAAGAGCCGCAGGAGCAUUCCCAGCUCUGCUCCAAAAGAUGUGACGGUGAUCAGUAAAGAGGGAAAUCCACGAAUCAUCAACAUCAACUGGCAGCCUCCGACUGAAGCCAACGGCAAAAUCACAGGGUACAUCAUCUACUACAGCACCGAUGUGAACGCCGAGGUCCAUGAUUGGGUGGUGGAGCCCGUGGUGGGAAACAGACUGACCCAUCAGAUUCAGGGGCUGACGCUGGACACCGCAUACUACUUUAAGAUCCAGGCGAGAAACUCCAAAGGCAUGGGACCCAUGUCAGACGCGGCACAGUUCCACACCCCCAAAGCGGAACCAUCAGACAAAAUGUCCAGUGAUCAAGUAUAUUGGAAGCGUGCGGCCUGUAAGUCCAGCACCGGCUCCCACAAGUACAAGAGUUCAUCUAAAGACCUGAAACCUCCUGAUCUGUGGAUCCAUCACGAGCGUCUGGAGCUCAAACCCAUGGACAAAUCACCCGAGCCCAACCCGGUCAUGACAGAGACGCCCAUCCCGCGGACCACCCAGGACCCCGCCGCUGAGCCCAGCCAUCAGAGACGGGGUCAUGAGGUGGAGGAGAGCGUGUCCACUUUGGCUGGUCGGAGGGGAGUGAGACCCAAAAUGAUGAUGCCGCUCGACUCUCAGCCUCCCCAGCAGUCUGUGAGGAAUCAGGCCCCUGCACCUGAACCUCUGGUUGCCCCCAGUCAGCCCUGCACUACAGCUGAGCUACAGAAGACAGAGGCGCUGAUCAAAGAAGAAGAGCCACCGAGCAUGAACCCACUGACGGCCCACGUUCGGCCCACACACCCACUCAAGAGCUUCGCCGUGCCAACCGUCACUGUUUCCGCCCAUAACCAACCCACCUAUGAGACCGCAUUACCCAGCACCCCUCUGCUGGCACAGCCAGUGCCUGGCGUGAAGAUAGCGUCUAUCGGGACAUUAAAUCGAGCUCGAGCUCUGAUGGCAGUAACAGUUCCCAGUGCACCUGACCAAUCAGAAACCAGCACGAUGCUGGACACGACGUAUGAGACAGAUGAACUCUCAGAGGAAAUGGCACACCUGGAGGGUCUGAUGAAGGACCUGAACGCCAUCACCACAGACUGAACCACUGCAAUCACUCACGGCUGAACCGCGUCCUCAGGAACAACCGGGACAUUUGAAUGAACGCUGAUCUCAGAUCAGCCUUGAGAAUGACUGAAAACGAAUCACCGCUUCAUCUUCUCCAUCCUGCAUGGCAGAGAAUCUGUAAAACGAUGAAAACUCGAUGCCAUUUUCUCAACUCGCACAGAAAUUUUUUUUUAAUGGUUUUUUUUGGAGGGUUGUAUUUACGUAUUCUAUAUUUUUAGCCUGUAUAUGUAUGUUUUCAUUGUGUGCAAGGUCAUUUUAGGACUUUUCUUAGGACAAAACCUCACAUGCUCAAACUUUGGGCUUCAUUCAUGAAAUGCAAGCAGAAUAAUUUAGUGUAAAUUAUGCAUAAAACCAUUCUUAUGUAAAUUGUCGCAUUCAAAUCAGUGCAAUCAUUUACAUAAUGAACGAUUUAAACCAAAAUUUGUACAUGGAUCAUGAAACCAUUCUCACAUAAAUGUU